AUACCUACACCUCAGGCCGAGUUCCUCCGACUUUUGGACAUCAUCGGAGUUCCUCAUGAGGACCAUAAGCAACAGUAUGGCGAAGUCUUGGAAAUCAUUGGUUUUGAAGUUGAUCUACCAGCAAUGACCAUUCGGAUGCCAAAAGACGCAAAGGCAAGUCUGGUGACAGCAAUUCGCGACUUUGUUUCCCUAAAAGACCACGUGCAAAUUCCAACACCUCCUACCCCGCGGCAACAAUCCCUCCGAUCUUGGCUGCAAAUCCUUGGAUAUGCGAACUGGGCCCUCAAUGUUUUCCCACUCCUCAAACCAGUGCUGAACUCCUCAUAUAACAAGGUCGCGGGCAGGAAAUUUAUGAGCGCACUGAUUUAUAUUAACAAGCUCGCAAGGAACGACUUACUUUGGUUUGCAGAUCAGGUGGAAUCUCUGGAGGGGGUCCGAAUGUUGGACACUGAGGAGUGG